CCUACACUAAAGUUCAUAGGAUAGAUAUUUACCAAGGAAAAUUAUAAUAUUUAUAAAAUGCUCUUAAAAAGUGGGUUUAAUUCUGUUUGCUUUUUGAUUAAAUCAGGAAAAAGGAGCUGUUUCAUAGGCCAGGACUGAGGAGUAUUACAUCCAGUAGAAAAACAUAAUUUAUUGAAUGACUGCAGUGAGGAGCGGGAAGGAAACUGGAGAUGACAGAGUUAUAAAAACGUCGCCUUAACGUCUGCCACCUUAUCUUUUCCUUCCAUUCAACUUUGCCUUACAAGUCCCAUGAUGCUCAGAGAAGAAGUUCUCUAGUUGCCAUGGUAGCAAAGAUCUAAACAUCAACUUCUCUGCCAACGAAGCCCAAGAACCGGGUAACGUGAAUAAACAGACCACGGGUAGAAGUCUCUGCCUGGCAUCGUAGGACGGAAGUGUAAACCCUGGAUGCUUAGCGGGCACUUUGAUUUCUGUUCUCUGGGCAAUCGAGGAGUGCUUGUUUCGGGUUGUGGGAAAUUUUAUGUAUAAUUCACAUUCUUCCCUGCCAUUGGUGGAAUGAUGGUUUCUCCUGAUACAUCCCUUUGUUAUACCGUCCAAGAGGAGAAGACAUGUGAAGAAUGUAGAAAAAGUGGAAGCUCAAACAAUUCUCCAGAUUCCUCUGAAACCUCCACAAGCAAAGAGGGUGGCAGCUUCAUUAUUCCAUUGUUCCAGCAGCCAGAAACUACAGAACGGAACUUACCAGAGAAGAAAAAGGGAAACCAUCUCCAUGCAAAAGGAGGUAAAACAUUGCCUAAAAAGAAACGUCAGCAGAAGACCACAUUGACGACUGACCAUAAUGUGGCUUCCCAUCUAUUGUUAGCAACAGACCACAACAUUAAAGAACUGAAAAAUGAAGUGGCUGUUGUGCGGAAUAAACUGGAGACAUUUACUGUGGAAAAUAAAACCUUGAAGCGUCUUCAGUCACAACAUUUAAAAGCAAUUAGUAAACAUAAAAAUGCAGAGAUUAACCUGCCUGAUCUUUUGGCCACGCAAUCUAAUGAAGUGCUGACUCUGAGAUCGCUUCUCAGGACAUCUCAGGAAAAAGAGCGCAGGGCUUCCAACAAGCUGAGAGAGGUUGAGGCAGAACUCUUAAAAACAAGGGACGCCUUGCGGGCGUUGCAGAAACUUUCUGAAGAGAAGAAACUUGAAGACAGAGAAGACCUAAAGCGUAAAUUAACAUCAGUUACCCAAAAAUUGGAAGCCAAUGAUAAGAGAAUCCAGGAUCUAGAAAAGCAGAUGUCGUUGAAUACUACUUCCUUUAAUCAUCAGUUAGCAGUUGCGAAGAAAAUGACAACUGAAGCUCAGUCAAGCACUGCAAAUUUACAAGUACAAAUCAAGUCGCUGAAGCUGAAACUUAAGGAAAGAGAACGAGAACUAAGCAUAACAAAUAUUUAUGCACGCCGGAUGGGUAAAAAUCAGUCAGAGAAAGCAGAUUCCUGUUUUUCUCCAAAAGUUGUUAAAGUCAGCAAAGCUAUCCAGGUAAAUAUCAGCCUAAAACCCAGGACACUUGGGAAGGGUGAGCCUGAAGGAAGUCAAAUGACCUUCCACGAGGAAUUGAAAGCCAACAUUGAACCUGAAACAGGAGUUCAUCUCCCUGAAAAAUUACCUGUGCACAACAUUUCAAAUGGGACAUUCAUGGGAUUACAAAGUGAAGAGAUCGGAUCAAGGGUAGAAGGAAACAUCCAGUAUGAAAAGAGAGAAAGACAGAAGAGCAGGAGAGAAAGGCAAGGGUUGGACUUACUUGAAGAAGAGUUUAAUAAAGUAAAAGCUGAACCAUCAUUUUUUCCUACAACUCAAGUUAUGCCCAAAGUAAACAAUUUUGAAUAUGUUGCCAUGGAAAAAGAGGAAAACAAAGCAGAUAAGGAGGCAAAAGAAGCUAUUUGUGAGGAAGUAAUAACAGCAAUACCAAAGCAUAGACCAUCUACCUUGAAAAAACACUAUGUAUUUACAGAAGCCACUGAAAAUUUGCAUCAGGGAUAUCCCUCAACUGGUCCCUUAGUCAAACCAAGGAUGCCAUGCAGUGGAAGACCAAGAAAUCGGCAACAGGGUGAAUUAACCCACUUUUUGGAAGAUCCUGUCACCAAUUAUGAGCCCUCAUUUGCUAAAUUUCCAAACAAAAGACCAAAGGACAAGACUUCAACUCCCGGUGAAGAAACCACACCGAAGAUACCGCCAGAAAAGAAAAGGCUUUUGUUGGAAAAACUGUUUGGUUCAAAUAGCAUAUUUAGCAAAUGAUGGCUUGCAUUAUGUUAUUCCUAUCAAGCGCAUAGAUAUUAGAUAAUAGAGAUCAGAAAGUAUUAGAACUAGGACAUAUUACAUAGUAGAUAGAGGAUAGUAUUAGAACUAGGAUAUAUUAGAUAAAAGAUAUUAGAUAGUAUUAGAACUAAGUGAUAUUAGAUAGUAGAUAUUAGUAUUAGAACUAGGAUAUAUUAUAAUAGUGGAUAUUAGUAUUAGAACUAGGAUAUAUUACGUAGGGGAUAUUAGUACUAGAAUUAGGAUAUAUUAGAUAGUAGAUAUUAGUUAGAAUUAGAACUAAGCAAUAUUAGGUAUUAGAUAUUAGUUUUAGAAUUAAAAUAUAUUAGAUAAUAGAUAUUAGAUAAUAUAAAAACUAGGAGAUAUUAGAAGUUUCUGUAGUUACUAUUGUAAUAAGCAUCACAAAAGAACUGUAUUUUGUGAACGUUUUGCACAUUUUUAAUAAAACAUAUA